GGUAACAUAGGAAAAAAAGGGUAUCAUUUAAGGAAAAAAAACCUCUGAGAAAAAUCAAAAGCGAGAGAAGAAGAAGAGCAACUAGAAACAAAAGCGUAACAGAGAAGACGACUAAGUAAUAAAAAAGACGAAGAAUGAGUGGUGGUGGUGGUGUUUCAAUCAAAUCCGAUGAUAAAAAGGAUGAGAAGCCAGCAGCUGCCAUGUUACCUCUCAAACCAACCGCUUCUCCUUCUUCCAUGGAAACGCAAUCCGGCGGCGGUUACGUUAAAACAAACAAACAGCGGCGGAAACGCAACUGCAAAAUCUGCGUUUGUUUCAGUAUCCUCCUCUUCCUCCUCAUCUUCAUAGUCAUCCUCAUCUUAGCUUUCACUCUCUUCAAACCUAAACGCCCCGUCACCACCAUCGAUUCCAUCUCCGUCGACCGUCUCCGAGCUUCCGUCAACCCUCUCCUCCUCAAAGUCCUCUUAAACCUAACCCUCAACGUCGAUCUCUCUCUUAAAAACCCUAACCGAGUCGGAUUCAGCUACGGCUCCACGUCGGCGCACUUGAAUUACAGAGGCCAGCUGAUCGGGGAAGCUCCACUCGCGGCCAGCCGAAUCGCGCCGCGGAGUACGCACCCUUUGAACUUGACGCUGACGCUCAUGGCGGAUCGUUUGCUCUCUGAAUCGGAGCUUUUGUCUGAUGUCAUGGCUGGCGUCAUCCCGCUCAACACUUUCGUUAAGGUCUCUGGUAAAGUAAGCGUUCUCAAAAUCUUCAAGAUUAAAGUCCAGUCGUCUUCUUCGUGUGAUCUCAACAUCUCUGUUUCGGAUCGUAAUGUCACCAGUCAGCACUGUAAAUAUUCUACUAAGUUAUAAACCAGAUCUUCAAACGCCUUGUUUUUAGAUCUACUACACUACUUUUGUCUUCUUGUUUUGUUUUUUUUUUGGUAUUUUGAAUUUGGUACAACACUAUGAUGUAUCUUCUUCUCUCCAUGUAUGUAUUAUUUGCUUUUGAUCAAUAGAGAUUUGCUUCUUCUUUUUUCCA